AUGAGCAAUAGGAGGCCAUGUCAAUUCUUUUUAAGAGGAUCUUGUAGAUUUGGAGAUAACUGUCGUGACUAUCAUCCAAAUGGAUCGAUGUUUGAACAGGGGAUGGGUAGUAAUAGUAGUGGUAAUAAAACAAGUAUUACAAGUGGGUUUGGAACAAGUGUAGGGCAGUUUAACCCAUUUUCUGGAUCUGCUGUUAAAUCUUCUGGUGAUAUGAACAAUGUAUUUGCUUCAGGGGGGGUAUCAGGAAGUGGAGUUGGGCCAUUUAGUAACUAUGGAGGACCUUUUGGAGGGAGUGAAUCAAGUCCGUUUGGAGGUAAAGGGCCCUUUGGAGGUGCUGGGCAGAGUCCAUUCGGAGGAGUGGGAAGUGGAGGUGGAGUACCUGUAUCUGGAACAGGGACUACAUUUGGGUCAACCCCAUUUGGAUCAAGUCCAUUUGGCUCUGGAUCAAGUCCCUUUGGAACUGGUGGUGGGUCCGUGUUUGGCUCAAGUCCGUUUGGAUCUGGAUCUGGAAUUGCUUCUGGGUCAGCAUCAACAUUAGCAUCUUCUUCCUCAGCAAGUGGUAAGCCAGCAAAAUCUGACAACCCAGUGUUGCAGACUUUGGAACUUAUUGGUGUUGUUGUUAAUAGUGGAGUAUGGCCAUUUGGAAGGAUAGGACUUUUAAACCAGUCUCAGGAUCUUUCUCAGACUCAAACACAGGCAUUUUUAAGCUUGGAUUUAAGUAUAGAAGAAUACAGAUGGAGGUUUUAUCAGAGUGAUCCAAGUAAUUGGAAUAAUUUGCAUUUGGAAACUCUGAGAUUACUGACUCAACAAUAUAAUGCGUUUAUAGAACAAGGAAAGAUGCAAUCAAAGCUCCCAGUUUCGCAUCACUUAUAUAAUUUAGAUUUUAGUUUGUAUUCAAAGAUUGGAAACUGGUAUUUGCCUAAUUUAGGUAAAGACUUUGUAAAUAAGCCUAGUAAUUCAGGUGGUACCCUUGAAUCUAUGGCUAAUCCUUUUGGAGGAUCAACUAUAGGACUUUCCCAAGGAACAGGAGCAGGAACAGGAACAGCAUUAGGAAAUAUUAACUCCACUUCAAGUCCUUUUGGGGUUAUUGAAGGAGGUUCAAGCAUAAGUUUUGGAGCUUCUAACACACCUUUUUCUACUUCUAAUAAUGCUCCAAGUAAUCCUUUUGGUAGUUCAAAUAUGGUUAGCUCGGUAUUUGGUACUACAAAUACAUCAACACAACAACCUUUUGGUGGUAAUAAUUCAGCAAGUAUGAAUCCAGUAUUUUCAAAUGUAAAUAAUAUUUUUGGAUCUAAAGCUAGUACUAAUAAUAGUAGUACUACUGGUACUAGUAGUAUUAGUUCAAAUCUGCCCAACAAUUCUAAUGUAUUUGGUAAUACAACUAGUCAACUAUCUUUAAAUUCAAAUGGAGCUAAUUCAAAGUACUCUUAUAGUAAUCCUGAUGUAAAUGAUGACAAUAAUGUAUUUAAUUGUCAAAACUUAAAAGAUUGGGAAUUGAAUGCUUUUAAAGCUUCAGCUUUUGAGGAAAACAAAAUUCCUGAAAAAAUACCUCCAAAAUAUCUUAGAAUGUAUAGCUAA